ACCUUCCGCCAUGCCGCCCGAAGACGAGAAAGAGUCCCCGGAGAAAGAGUUCGCCGGUAACACAACUCUACACGGACUCAACAGGAUUUUCAUCGCUCCGAGCAAAUAUUUUCGUGCGUGGUGGAUAUUCGUCAUUCUCGCCUCUUACGCCGGGUUCGGAUAUAUGUUCGGUUCUAUGAUUUACUCAUACUUCACCUACGACACCAUCACUUACACCCGUCUGGAGUUCACGGCUGGCGACUUACUAUUUCCGGCCGUCACAAUCUGCAACAUGAACAAUAAACUGAAAGUGGCGGACUGGUACUACCUGUCCAUGUAGUUGAACGGGGUUCAGCUGAACGUGUCCACAAUCCUGUCCAGCGGUGUACCGCCUGACGAAACUGUCAACUCAACUUUAAACAUUGAGGACAUGAAGAUAGAGGACAUUGUGAGGGAAAAGGGAUUCGAAGUUUCACCGCUUCGCUUAAAACUUUGCUUCUGGAAAGGCAUCUUCUGUACA